CCAAAUCAAAGAAGAACUCUAUCGUCUUCUUCUUUGUUCAUGAUCACAUGCAUGGAGAUGAAAAGAAAUGCAAGAAACCCAUUUGCUGAUCAAUCUGUCCAUGACUCUUCGUCCUCGUCGGAAUCUGAGGAACUUCACCGGCCGGAGAAAAAGCUGCGUCUGAAGGUGAAGAUUCCGGCGAAGCCUAACGAAGAACAGAAUACUAAUCCAUCGCCGCCGCCACGCCGCAGGCAUUUCUGUGAGGUUUGUAACAAAGAGUUUAGCUCCGGUAAGGCUUUUGGCGGUCACGUGAGGAUCCAUUCGAUCGAAUACAAGAGCAAGAACAAGAGCAAGAUGAUGAAGAAGAAUAAGAACAGUACGGUGAAGAAGAAGAAGAAGAAUAAGGAGAAGAACAUGAAGAGGAUAGAGAAGGAGGAGAGAGAUCUGAUGGGUAGGGCUGACGUGGAAGAGGGAGGUGAGAUCAGUUGCUGUAUCUGCGGUAAGGUUUUUCUGACGAAGCACUCCUUAUUUGGGCAUAUGAGGAGACACCCUGACAGGAGUUGGAAAGGGAUUCGACCACCACCACCACCACUGCCGGAAAGUGAGUUCGAGCUCCGGAUGAUGUCGGUGGCCGCCGGUUCGUCUUCCUCGUCCAAGAAGUUCAAGAUCAGCUCGUGCACCAGCGAUCUGGACGACGAUUACGACGACGUGUUGGACGUGACGAGCACGUCCAUGACGGACGUACAAGAAGCCGCCUACUGUCUGAUGAUGCUUUCUUGCGCCAGAAUCAAUUAUCGACCGGUGAAGAGUUUAGGGUUUGGAUUGGAAUCCAGUUCCGGAGACAUGGGAAAGGCGAAACCCGGUGUUAGAAACCCGUGCCCACGUGAAGAAACCAGACAUGGAUAUCAGAUGGGUUCUUCAAAGGGUAAGGGUGUGGUCGUAGAUAUGAAGAUGAAGAUCGGAUCAGGCGAUCGUUUUCAUGUUCGAGCUCGAGAGGAGAAAGUGCUAGGGUUUGAUCUGAAUCAGCCUUAUGUUGGCGGUGAAGAUGGUGGUGACGAUUGGUUUCAGAUUUGA